UCGCGGGUAAAAUUUACCCACAAAUUUACCGAUAAUAAACUAGAACUUAGAAACAUUAUUAAUAACUUUCAAUACUAUUUAUGAAAAGUUCAGAAAACAAAGAUGUUGAACACAACGGACAUCGGAAUCCAAGAAAUAAUAAAAGAUCUUGUGCCUUCAUGCGUAGUGAACGAAAUAGCAUGUUUCGUACUUUACGACGACCACCCGGCACAGAGAAAGAUAUGCGAUAUUACAAUAUGUACAAAGUAUGGAGAAGUUAAAGAAUACUAUAAGGGUGAAGAAGUAUCUUCCCUCUUUCUUGGCAGUGAAAUUCAGUUUACGAAGAUGAGUAUUGUCAGGAAUAGCCAAGGACAACUUUUCUACCUGUUAGCGUCACAGAGUGAAGUGAUAAUUUUAUCCAGAAAAGAGGAACUUGCAGUUCAUAAAAAAAUAUCAAACGUCGAUUAUUACGAUGUGAAUGAUAACGCGUGUAGAGGAGAAGCAUGCCUCAAAGUUGUCUUAAAAGAUGAUGCAGUGCCUUUAAUAUUUGAUGAUAAUUUUGAAAAUUUAGGUGAAAGAGCUGCGGCCUUAAGUGGUAUGCAUGUUGAUGACUCUUUGCCGAUACUCACUCAGCUGAAGAGGAAACUCAGUCAGGCUAGAUAUAGCAUACAAUGUAAUGAGAAGACUCGGGAAGAGUUUAGGGAUCUGAGGAAACUUACAGCGUUUACUGCAUCAAGGAAACUUCACCCGAACUUGGAUGAUUCCAUGAUUAGUGAAAGCUAUAAUGAGGUACCUGAGCAGCUGAUACUCAUAUCACAGACUCCAAGUGUUGCAGUGUGUAAUAAGAAUGUAGUGAUCACACUGAAUGUCAUUAAUAAAGGUAAACUGCCCCUCCACAACAUUGCCAUACUUCUCCACUCCAAACAACCUUCAACGGUCUACACCACGCAUCUAUUCCAACACACAACCAUCAGCCCCCACUGGAAAGAAGUUCACAAGCUACAACCGAAACAUACAGACAGCUAUACUAGCUGUUAUUGACUUAGCAGAACUACAAUAUAGCACAAGUAGAUUAGAAUUUGAUGGAGUGAUUUCAUAAGAGAGAUGGAAAAGAUUUCUUGAUGCCGUUUGAUUCAGUUGUGUUGUCGUAUGCUGAGUUUAUGGGGACACAGUAUGAUGUGCUAGCUAAUGAAAUUAAUGAAACCAGCAUCCUGCCAGUACUGGCCACCACGAAAAAGUUAGACCUUUUAUUGAGAAUAAUAGACAACAUAUCAGAACUGACACUGACUGACAUGUUUUGUCAACACAUGGGAAUGGAGUGUGUGGCUGGAGUGAGCAAUGCUGUGAUACAUAAGACAUCUCCGUAUCAUGUGCUGAACAGUGUAAUGGUGGUUUUUGAAGAUGAAAAUUCUGUGCGGACACCUAUUGUGGUGUAUGUCAGGUCAUACACCCAAGUGCUGCCACUAAUUCACUACAUUCACGAAGCCAUUCCACACCGCAUCAUAAUAACGCCACCAAACCACAAAAUAACAGCCACUGAAGCCACCCUCAGCAAAUAUAAUGAAGAAAUCACAGAAAAGAAAGAAAAAAUAAACUAUACAAGCUACGCUCCGUCUAUGCUACGCCAAACUGCUAUGAUUUUAGAAUAUUUAGAUAAUUGUAUAGUCAAAAUGAAUGAGAACAAAGAUGCUAAAGUACAAAGUAAAAUAGGGAAAGAAAUAGAUCUAUUUGCCGGAGGAGUAACAUCUUUUGUGGACUUUAGAAGCAAGUUGUUAACCGAGUCCAACCAAGGUGCCAAAUGUUUGAAAUGUGAAGUGAAACCAGUGGAUAGUGAGAGCAUGUUUUUGGAUACUGAGUGAGUGUUAUUUUAUAUUAUGUUGGUUGAAUUUCAGAUGUAUUGCGAUUUUUUUUUCCUUUGUAUUUUCACGGAAAUUGUGUCAUGCUAUAUUAGUCUAUUUAUGAUCUGCACAUGUACCCACUUGACUGGCGCGAUAUCCCAAUAUGAGUUUUGGCCUCCAACAAAAGCACGCCACCUCUUUGCGCGGUCUUGAGCGGUGUCGCGCCAGCUUUCGCCAACUGGCCUUAUAAUAAUAUGUACUCAUGUGC